AUGGAUGAAAGGGACAUAAUCGAAGGUGGAUUCAAACAAAAUAUUAUACGAGUAUUAGUGGCAACAUCAACAUUAUCUUCUGGUGUAAAUUUACCUGCGCCAAGAUUUAUUGUCAGAUCACCACAUUGUCAUGGAUUUCCUAUUGAUAUUCUUCAGUAUCGACAGAUAAUUGGACGUGCUGGUCGUAUGGGCGUAGAUACUGCUGGAGAAAGUUAUUUAAUAUGUAAUGAAAAUGAAAGAAAAAUGGGCGAAGAAGUUGCUACUCAGAAACUUCCAUUAAUUAAAAGUUGUUUUGGAGUUGGACAUUUUUCUAAUUGUCUAAAGCGAGCCUUGUUAGAAGUAGUAGCUGGUUGUGUUGUUAGCACUACAGAAGAAGCUUUCGAAUAUAUUAAGUGUACAUUACUUUAUAUGUCAACUAAUGAACAUUUCAACGAGAAUCCAAUUCAUCGAUGUCUCAAAUUGUUAAUUGAACAUCAAUUUGUACGAGAAAACGACAAUUAAUUAGUUCCAACAAAUCUAGGCCAAGCUUGUCUUGCAGCAUCUGUUACACCAGAAAUUGGUCUCAAAUUGAUUAAAAAACUAGAUAAAGCUAGACAAAAUUUUGCCCUUGACUCUGAACUAAAUCUACUUUAUUUAAUUACUCCAUAUUCAGUUAGUGAACAGAUUGGCCAUUUAGAUUGGUUUAGAGUUCUUAAUAUAUGGGAAAAACUACUACAUUCUAUGCGUAAGGUUGGUGACAUGAUUGGUAUCGAAGAAGGAUUCAUUGUUAAAGCUAUGACUGGUACCACUUUUAAUAUGUCUUCGGAUGUAAGUUUUUUA